CAUUGACGACCGUGUGUCCUAGAGUAUAUAAAUGUAAGGCAAAGUCACAGGAACGUCUUAGACGUAAGAAAACUAAUUUAAGGGAUCGGGAAGUGGUUCAUCAACCACUUUUGUUUUAUUGCGCACUGAUCACUGGGCAACGGCAAAUGUCUGACGCAUUUGUCCAAGGCUACAACUAUUUUGACAGUCCAGAUGUAAAAUCAUGAGGAUCCUCUUGAAACACCAAAGCUGCUGUAAAUGGUCCAUUGUCUUUGGGACUGCCAUGUUGAUCAGUGUUAUUUUUAUUAUGAUGGACCAUAAAUUCCCACCAACAGAUAGGAAGGUGUACAAACUGUUGCCUGUGAAUCAGUCAGAGUGGUACUGGAAAGCCACUGCUCACAUCACACCACCACAGCCAACUAAGCAUGUUGUAGAGUGCUCUGUGGAUAACGGCAUGCAGAACAUUCCAUCCCACUUACCAGCUCCCCACCGAAACUUCCUAAUGUACAAACACUGCCGGAAAUUCCCCCGCCUGCUGUCUCCGACGCCCUGUGAGAAUGACCUCUUUCUCUUGCUGGCUAUUAAGUCCACAGCCAUUCAGGUGGAUCGCAGGAUUGCGCUACGGAGCACUUGGGGGAAGAGGGGGUACAUUGAGGGAAAAAGGGUGAAACUGUUGUUCUUAGUUGGCAAGUCUUCCGACAGAAUUCAGGAAUACUCAUUGCAGCAGUUACUGGAGUGGGAGAGCAGGCAGUUUGGUGACAUUCUGCAGUGGAAUUUUAAAGACACUUUUUUCAACCUGACUCUGAAGGAGGUCCACUUCCUCGACUGGUUCAGCCUGGAGUGCAAGUGGGCCCAAUAUGUGUUCAAAGGGGAUGACGAUGUUUUUGUUCACACCAGCAAUCUGCUGGAAUAUGUCAAGGACCACAAUCCCUCUGAGCAUCUGUUUGCUGGUGACAUAAUUCCAAAAGCUUAUCCAAUCCGUCAAAAACAUUUGAAAUACUUCAUUCCAAAGGAGAUGUACCCUGACAAGGAAUAUCCUCCAUACGCUGGAGGUGGGGGCUACCUGAUGUCACGAAAGACUGUGCUGAGCCUGGGAGUGGCAGCAUCCAGCAUGGAUCUCUUCCCCAUUGACGACGUCUAUGUGGGCAUGUGCCUGCUAAAUAUUAACAUAACUCUGACACACCACCCUGGCUUCAAGACCUUUGGGUUCAAACAGGUGGUGUCACACUUCAACCCCUGCAUUUACAGGGAAAUGAUGUUGGUGCACAAACUGAAUCCUACAGAGAUGUGGACCAUGUGGUCACUACUGCAGGACCCAAAGCUGCAAUGCUUUAUUAAGACAUAAAGCAUCCAACGUUGCUCCAUCUUGCAGUGCUUGUCAGUUUAGCUUCUAUAAAAUGACCAUUUCUUUCAAGGAAUGAUUCUCUCCAUAAAUGGUCAAAAACAUUUUCUUUCACUCAACACGUUUUCUGACCUUCACAAAUGAGGAAAAGACAUUUAAGAAUACUGGGAUAUUUAUACUUAUAUUAAUGUUUCUGGGAUGUUAAUAGUUUAUAAGAAACUGGAAGAAAAUGUGGAUGUAAAACCUUCAGAACCAGUGUAGCAGGUUAGAGAAGAUAAGGGACAUGCAUAAAAAAAAAAAAAAACUGGUUACGCAGGUUCCAGAGAUAAUGACGGGAAACAGAAACUAUGUAGUAGUAAUCAUGUUUUGGUGGGGUGUGUAAAAAGGGGUUGAGCUGUGUUUUAGAAUUGUUAGGCAUUGAACAGACUUUUCAAAGAAAAAGACCCUGGCCAGUUGGAUUAUCACUGCAGAAAUAAAAGAAAGAUUACAUUUGAAUA